CUUCCCCAACCUUUUUCAUUUCUUCUCUUACUAAACCUUCACUCUCUUCUCUUCUCUCUCUCUCACUCUCUCUCUCUCUCUCUCUCAUUGUCUUUCUUCUUUCUACCUUUCUAACUAGAGCCACCUUCAUUUUCCAUUGCACUCUGCUCCAACGGUCACUAACUUGGAGAGAUGCAUCCUCCUCUGGUUUUCUUCCUUUUUCUUCUCUGCACUUCUCUUGUUGCACCUGUGAGCUCUAUCAACCAUGAAGGCUCUGUGCUUUUAACACUGAAGCAGUCCAUCAUCACAGACCCACAAGGCUCUCUGAGUAACUGGAACUCUUCCGACAACACUCCAUGCUCAUGGAACGGAAUCACAUGCAUGGAUCAAACCGUUGUCGCCAUUACCAUCCCAAAGAGGAGCCUAUAUGGUUCUCUCCCCUCUGCUCUAGGAUCUCUCUCCCAGCUCCGCCAUGUCAACUUGAGGAACAACAAGCUAUUCGGAAGCUUGCCUGCUGAACUCUUUGAAGCUCAGGGACUGCAGAGUUUGGUGCUUUAUGGGAAUUCCUUAUCUGGGUCUGUUCCAAAUGAGAUUGGGAAGCUCAGGUACCUUCAAACUCUUGAUUUGUCACAAAAUUCCUUUAAUGGGUCUUUACCUUCUGCACUAGCUCAAUGCAAGAGGCUCAAAACUGUUGGUCUUAGUCAUAACAAUUUUACUGGUCCUCUGCCUGAUGGAUUUGGUGGGGGUUUGUCUUUGCUGGAAAAGCUAGACCUUUCUUUCAAUCAAUUUAGUGGUUCUAUUCCUAGUGAUAUGGGGAAGCUAUCAAGCUUGCAAGGGAAUGUUGAUUUGUCUCAUAAUCAUUUUAGUGGUUUAAUCCCAGCUAGCCUUGGUAAUCUUCCUGAGAAGGUCUAUAUUGAUCUUUCUUACAACAAUUUGAGUGGGCCAAUACCCCAAACUGGUGCAUUAAUGAAUAGAGGACCAACAGCUUUUAUUGGAAAUUCUGGUCUAUGUGGCCCCCCUUUGAAGAAUUUAUGUGCCUUGGAUACUCCUGGAUCACCUUCCUCUCUUCCUUUUUUACCUGACAGUAACCCACCUCAAGGUAGUAAUGACAAUGGGAAAAGUGAGAAAAGCAAAGGGCUGAGUAAGGGUGCUGUGGUUGGCAUUGUUGUGGGAGAUAUAAUUGGGAUUUGCCUUUUAGGUUUGCUUUUCUCUUACUUCUACUCAAGGGUUUGUGGUUUUAAUCAGGAUCUAGAUGAAAAUGGUUUUGACAAAGGAGGGAAAGAGAGAAGGGAGUGCUUAUGCUUCAGAAAGGAUGAAUCUGAGUCCCCAUCUGAUCAUGCUGAGCAAUAUGACCUUGUUCCAUUAGAUGCUCAAGUAGCCUUUGAUUUGGAUGAGCUUCUUAAGGCUUCAGCUUUUGUUCUUGGAAAGAGUGGAAUAGGGAUUGUCUACAAAGUGGUACUUGAAGAUGGGCUUACCUUGGCUGUGAGAAGAUUGGGAGAGGGAGGUGCUCAAAGGUUUAAAGAGUUCCAAACAGAAGUUGAAGCAAUAGGGAAGUUAAGGCAUCCAAAUGUUGUUACUCUGAGGGCCUAUUACUGGUCAGUUGAUGAGAAGCUUCUCAUCUAUGAUUAUAUCUCCAAUGGAAGCCUUGCUACAGCAAUUCAUGGGAAGGCUGGACUUGUCGCAUUUACACCACUAUCUUGGUCCGAUCGAAUGAAAAUCAUAAAAGGAAUCGCGAAAGGAUUGGUCUACCUGCAUGAGUUUAGUCCCAAAAAGUAUGUUCAUGGAGACCUGAAACCAAGUAACAUACUACUAGGCCAUAGCAUGGAACCCCACAUUUCUGAUUUUGGUCUUGGACGCCUUGCGAAUAUUGCUGGAGGGACUCCAACCUUGCAAUCCAGCCGAGUUGCUGCGGAGAAACCCCGAGAAAGACAAAAGAGCUUAUCCACAGAAGUAGCAGCUAACAUUUUGGGGAACGGUUAUCAGGCUCCAGAAGCACUGAAAAUGGUGAAGCCAUCACAGAAGUGGGAUGUUUAUUCUUAUGGUGUAAUUUUGCUUGAAAUGAUCACAGGAAGAUUGCCAAUUGUCCAAGUGGGAAACUCAGAAAUGGACCUUGUUCAGUGGAUUCAGUUCUGCAUUGAUGAGAAGGAGCCACUCUCAGAUGUCCUAGAUCCCUUUUUAGCUGAAGAUGCAGAAAAGGAAGAGGAGAUUAUUGCAGUUUUGAAGAUUGCACUUGCUUGUGUCCAUAGCAGCCCUGAAAAGAGACCCAUGAUGAGGCAUGUCCUUGAUGCUUUAGAUAGAUUGUCCAUAUCCUCUGAUUGAGAAGCUUCAAGAAGCUUUGAAUUGUGAAUUCAGUUCAUUUUGUGAGGCUUUUAGUCUUUGUUACUGUUGUGAAUCCUUGUUGCAUUGAAGGACUGAGAGAGUAAACGAAGAAAUGUGUUUGAAGCAAAGGAAUCACUCAUUGGAAUCUCCAAUCUCCUCAUGGUUAUUUGCCAGUACAGAGAACUAAAUUGUGUUGGUGUUGGUAUGCUACAUUGCAUACUUGAAAGUUGAAAGACUCUUCAAUUUUAUUUUAUUUUUCAUUUUAGUUUGCUGAUAUUUAUGUAUUAAAAUAAUAUUUUGAAGAAUGUCUUCAUCUUCUUAAUUUUUUUACUUUUAUUAUCAAUUUUAAUCUUGAGACAACAUUGUCUGGGUUU